AUGACCGCAGCCGAGCACGGUUUGCACCCUCCACAAUACAACUGGUCACACAACGGCAUGUUUGAUACUUUUGACCAUGCCUCGAUCAGAAGAGGUUUCCAGGUCUACAGGGAGGUCUGUGCCGCUUGUCACUCCCUGGACAGAGUUGCCUGGAGAACCCUGAUUGCCGUGUCGCACACCAACUCGGAGGUCAGAGCGAUGGCUGAGGAGUUUGAAUACGACGACGAACCAGAUGACCAGGGUAACCCAAGAAAGAGACCCGGUAAGCUGGCCGACUACAUCCCAGGCCCAUAUGCUAACGAACAGGCGGCCAGAGCCGCCAACCAAGGAGCUUUGCCCCCAGAUCUGUCUUUGAUUGUCAAGGCCAGACACGGAGCCUGUGACUACAUUUUCUCCCUGUUGACCGGCUACCCUGAUGAGGCCCCAGCCGGAGUUGUCCUCCCACCAGGCGGUAACUACAACCCAUACUUCCCAGCCACCACCUCCCAGAUGGCCAAGGACGUGACCACCUUCUUGAACUGGGCUGCCGAGCCAGAGCAUGACGAGAGAAAGAGAUUGGGUCUCAAGGCAUUGAUAAUUGUGUCUGGUUUGUACCUAGUGUCCGUCUGGGUCAAGAAAUUCAAGUGGACUCCAGUCAAGCACAGAAAGAUCACUUUCACCCCACCAAAGAAAUAA